AUGCUGGAUGCUGUCUCGUGUGUGGCUCUGGCUGGAGUUUGUGCGGAGUACCUGCAAUUCGGGGUUGCAGAGGGUGGCAUUUCUGACAUUCAACAGUUGGACUUUUUGUACAAGUCAUUGGGAUUCACCCAGAGCAAGUCGGACGAUGUGUUUGCUCGCUCGCGCGCCACGGACCGAGCUGCUCCAGCCGCGCCGAGAUCUGACCCGAUACAAGCUGCUCCGUUUUCCCCUUCUGGCUCCGACGGUGCGGAAGGGGGAGAUGCGUGGGCGCGCGGGUUCUUUCCGCCGCGCGUGGUGCAGGUUCUGGACGUGCUGGCGCAGGAGAGCGGGGCGGAUCGGCGCGGGCUAGUCGUGGAUAAGUGGAGAAAGGAUGUGGGGAAGGAUGGGGGAAAGGUUGGGGGAGGGGAUGGGGGUAGUGAUGGGGGGAGGGACGAGGGGAGUGGGCGGGUGGCGCAACGGCUGGAGCGCCUCGGGCUGACUCUGACGGGGAGGGACGUGUCGACGGUGCUGAGAGAAUCGGCGGACUGGCGCAUGACCGUCGCGUUCUUUGAUUGGGCGAGGAAACAGGAGUCCUUUCGCCCAAGCACGUACGUCUACAAUCUGGUGCUGGCGGCGCUGGGGAAGGGGCGGCAGUGGGGGCGAAUGAAGGAGCUUCUAACGGAGAUGACUCAAAAGGGCGUGGAGCUGGAUAACGUCACUUACUCCACUAUUAUCAGCUCCGCUACACGAGCGGACCAACACGAGCUAGUGCUGCAGUGGCUGCAACAAAUAGUCAUCACCGCGUUUGGGGAGGCUGGGGGGUUGAUGCGGGCCACUGGGUGGCGCCCAGAUGCCGGCGGACCAGCACGGGCUAGUGCUGCAGUGGCUGCAGCAGAUGGUGUAGGAGACUGUCCCCGACCAGGUCUCCUACGCCACGGUCAUGCACGCCCUGAGCAUGAGUUGGUUUUGAAAUGGCUCGAACAGAUGGCUGAGAGCGAGUGCAUGCCGGAUCAAGUCUCUUACGCCACAGUCAUGCACGCCCUGGGGCGCGCAGGCAGGCCGGGGGACGCCGUGAGGCUGUUUGAGCGCAUGCGGGCCACAGGGUGGCGCCCUGACGCUGUCACCUACGCCACUAUCAUUACUGCUUUUGGAGAGGCUGGGGGCCCGCAGGAGGCGUAUGAUCUGUGGAAGGAGAUGAAGCGGGUGGAUGAGGGGAUGGGGGUGAGAGGGGCUGGUGUGUGGAAGAGGGGUGGGGGAGAGAGUGGUGGGGAGGAGGAGGGGGUUGGGGUGGGAGGCGAAGGGGUUGUUUCUGGGAGGGAGAAGUCAGGUUUGUCAUCAGAAGCUGUGAAAGAAGCAGCCGAGGAGGCAGCAGUUGAAGGAGCAACAAAGGCAGCAGCGCCUGGAGCAGGAGCAGCAGUGCCAGCAUCAGCAACAACAGCACCACCAGCAUCGCCAGCAGCAGCCGCAGCAGCAGCACCAGCAGCACCAGCAGCAGCAGCUCCUGCUUUCGCACGGCUGGUAACCCCAGGAGUGUACCACGCAACCCUAAACGUGCUCGCCAAGGCAUGGCGCGACCAGCAGGCCGAAAUCGUCUUUCGAACCAUGCAGCAGGACCCACAUGUGCCUGUGACUACAGAGGCUGUGACUAUAAUGAUGGCUCUGUACACGGAGAAGGGCGAGGUGGAGAAGGCCUUAGCGCUCGCCGAGGAGAUGCGGGAGGUUUAUCUCGCUGGCGAGGGAGCUUAUAACGAGGACGGGAGCCGGGCUUAUAACGAGGACGGGACGGCAGCCGGGACCAGAAGGAGCGCGAGAGACGGGCCGUUUCGGCCCGACGCGACGUUUUACAGCGUGAUUCUGCAGGCAUGUCGGGAGUGUGGGUUGGUAGAGGAAGCAAGGAGGGCGUAUGCAGGCAUGAAGAGGGAUGGGGUGGUUCUGACUGAGAACAGCGUGAGGCAGCUGGCAGGUCUGUUUGCUGAGAAGGGCGGGCGGGGAGGGGCGGAGGGAGAGGCUGGGAAUGCCGGGUCGGCUGUAGCGGGGACGGCUGUAGCUGGGACGGCUGUAGCAGGGCUGGCUGGAACGGAUCCGGCUGUAGCGGAGGUGGAGGCGUUACUAGCAGAUGCUAGAGCAGCCGGGAUUUACCUUGGCGGCCGUAGCACCAGCAGGGGUGACCGAAGCAGGGGGUCAGGUUCAGAGGAGUAUCUUGGUUUGGGCGUGGACCUGAGUGGGUUGAGUGCGGUGCCUACCAAGGCCUUUGCUGCAUCGCAAGGGAUGGUAGCUGUGAGGAAGCUUCUUCUGGACUGCUUGAAAGAGGUUGACCCGCGCAUUCAUGAGUUGGUGGUGGUGGGGUUGGGGGAAGCACUGGAGAAGGAGGUAGAUGACGAGGAAGGGGAGGGAGUGACAGGAGCAGCAGCAGGGACGGUGGCAGCAGCUGCAACAGCAGCAGCAGCGGCGGCAGGAGCAGCAGAAGGCACACAAUCAGCAGCAAAAUCACCAGCAGCAGAGCAAGGCACAGACCCAACUACUCUCUUCACCACCCUGCUGGACCGAACCGUAGCAGGCGUGCAUCCCAGGGACCAGAAGCCCCUCUGCAACAACCUUCUCUCUCUGCUCUUCCUUUUCGACCGCCGCGAGCUGUCCGUCGCCGUCCUUAAAGCCAUGGUCAGCACGCGUCAGAUCGCACGGCUGUUCUCGCGCGAUUGGCCGCACUGGACGCUGCAUCUCUCGGGGUUAUCCUAUCACGGCGCACAGGUGGCGCUGCGCUAUUGGCUGGAGCUGGUCGCAGGGGCGGUGGAGGCGGGGAAGCGGUUACCGCGUGAAAUGGAGAUUGAGGUUGGGGUGGGGAGGUCGAGAAAGAGGCAUCUGAGAGGCGCGGUGGUUCCCGAGCUGGCUAGGCUCGGGUCGCCGUUCCAGAGCGAUGAGGAUCGGCCGAGGCUGGUGGUGGCGAAGGGUGCUGAGGUGGCGGCUUGGGUUAAGAAAACCCCUGAGUUGUGGAGUGGAAGGGGUGGGGGCGUGGGAAGCGGUGGGGGAGGAAGUGGGAAUGGGGGUGGUGAGGAGGGAAGGGUGGUAAGAGGGAGAUGGGAGAGGAGUGAGGGAGAGGGGGUGAAGAAAGCAAGUAUGAGUGUAGAUGGUAAGGAGAGUGAUUCUAAUAGGGGUGAGGGCAACAAGGCUGAUGGUAGGGCGAGUGCUGAUUUGACUGCUCCAGAGGCUGUAGCAGGUGUGGAGAAGGGGGUUAGGGGAGCUGAUGAUGAGGAGAAGAAGGAUUUGGGGCCAGAGUCUGGUGGGUCUGACGGAUUGCCAUUCGCGGCUGCUACGGGAGCGGGAAAGGCGGCAGGUGAGGUGGUAGGACAGGAGGAGGGUAAAUCGGAGCCUGUUGGGGAGGUGUUGGAGAAGGAUGGCUUUAAGGCGUAUCAGAUUGCUGGGGGGACGUGGGUGAAGGAGUGUGUGUGUGGCGAGCGGAGCUCGUCGAGGAAGCAACGAUGCCAGAACAAAGCAUGUGGGAGGCAUUUGCCUACCAUGGCGCAGUUCAGAGAGGGUUCUGAAUGUUGA